CCUGCGAACAGAUGAUUAUAUGCUAUUGUAGUUGUUGCGAAACGAGUAGAAUUUAAUUUUUGGCAAAAAAAAAGUUUAAAAUUGAUAAAACGCGGAAACAUCUGGCAAAAAACUUACCCCGCCCACUUUAGAAAUUUCGAACGUAGGGGCGCUACGUAAAGCCGGAGUUCCGACGUUACUUGUACUUCAAAAACUCAAUGUAUCUUACGUGCAGAAAAUCGAUUUUUGCCUUAACAGCGGUUUUUGGUCGACGGUUGGCAGCAAUAAAUAACAUUUUCGCCAACGGACUGGACUAAAUCGCCUUAUUUCGCACAGGUCAAGUGCGCUAAGGAGCAGCAUAGUAGUAUCACAUCGAUCGAUCAGUACUCUGAACAAACCUAAAAUGACUAUAGCCGAGGGUUCGCAGAAGUCCGCAACCAGGAAGCCCGACAACAUGGAGCCGAUUCUGAGGUUAAACAAUAUUGAGAAGUCUCUGCAGGACACGCGGGACUACAGAGGAUUGCAACUGGAAAAUGGCCUGAAGGUCCUGCUCAUCAGUGAUCCCAACACAGAUGUCUCUGCGGCGGCUUUGUCCGUGCAAGUGGGGCACAUGUCCGAUCCUACGAACCUGCCUGGCUUGGCCCACUUUUGCGAGCACAUGCUUUUCCUGGGCACCGAGAAGUACCCGCACGAAAAUGGAUACACCACAUACCUUUCGCAGAGCGGUGGAAGCAGCAACGCUGCCACUUAUCCACUGAUGACCAAGUACCACUUCCACGUGGCACCGGAUAAAUUAGAUGGUGCCCUGGAUCGCUUUGCCCAGUUCUUCAUUGCCCCGUUGUUUACGCCCAGCGCCACGGAGAGGGAAAUCAAUGCGGUAAAUUCGGAGCACGAAAAGAACUUGCCCAGCGACCUGUGGCGCAUCAAACAGGUGAACCGUCACCUGGCAAAGCCAGAUCAUGCCUACAGCAAGUUUGGCAGCGGCAACAAGACCACACUCUCGGAAAUACCCAAGUCGAAAAACAUCGAUGUGCGGGACGAGCUGCUGAAGUUCCACAAGAAGUGGUACUCCGCCAACAUCAUGUGCCUGGCUGUUAUUGGAAAAGAAUCGCUGGACGAACUUGAGAGCAUGGUCUUGGAGAAGUUCUCAGAAAUCGAGAACAAAAACGUCGAUGUUCCAGAUUGGCCACGUCACCCAUACGCUGAUGAACGCUAUGGUCAAAAGGUGAAAAUAGUGCCUAUUAAGGACAUCCGAUCGCUGACGAUAAGCUUUACCACAGACGAUUUGACGCAGUUCUACAAGUCGGGCCCCGAUAACUAUUUGACACACCUGAUCGGUCAUGAGGGCAAGGGAAGUAUUUUAUCCGAACUGAGGCGACUGGGCUGGUGCAAUGAUCUUAUGGCCGGACAUCAAAACACGCAAAACGGCUUUGGCUUUUUCGACAUUGUGGUCGACCUCACACAGGAGGGCUUGGAACACGUAGAUGACAUUGUCAAGAUCGUGUUUCAGUAUUUGGGAAUGCUGCGCGAAGAGGGCCCAAAGAAGUGGAUCUUCGACGAGUGCGUAAAACUUAACGAAAUGAGAUUCCGGUUUAAGGAAAAGGAGCAGCCGGAGAAUUUAGUCACGCAUGCUGUGUCCUCCAUGCAGAUAUUUCCACUGGAGGAGGUACUUAUCGCUCCAUAUUUAAGCAACGAAUGGCGUCCGGAUUUGAUUAAAAGUUUAUUGGAUGAACUUGUACCCGCGAAGAGUCGCAUCGUAAUGGUGAGUCAGAGUUUUGAGCAGGAUUGCAAUCAAGCGGAGCCCUACUACAAAACCAAGUAUGGUGUGGAGCGCGUGGCCAAGGAUACGGUGCAUUGUUGGGAGAACUGUAAUCUUAAUGAAAACCUUAAAUUGGCACUGCCAAACAGUUUCAUUCCCACGAACUUUGACAUUUCCGACGUUCCAGCUGAUGCUCCCAAACAUCCUACGAUCAUUAUGGAUACGCCUAUUUUGAGGGUGUGGCACAAGCAGGACAAUCAGUUUAACAAACCGAAGGCUUGCAUGACAUUUGACAUGUCUAAUCCGAUUGCUUAUCUGGAUCCCCUAAAUUGUAAUCUAAACCAUAUGAUGGUGAUGCUGCUGAAGGAUCAGCUUAACGAGUACUUGUACGAUGCGGAGCUGGCCAGUCUUAAACUCAGUGUGAUGGGCAAGACGUGCGGCAUCGAUUUUACCAUUCGUGGUUUCAGUGACAAGCAGGUUGUGCUGCUGGAAAAGCUUUUAGAUCAUCUUUUUGACUUCUCCAUUGACGAAAAAAGAUUCGACAUCCUGAAGGAGGAAUACGUACGUUCACUGAAAAACUUUAAGGCUGAGCAACCCUAUCAGCAUUCCAUCUACUACUUAGCUCUGUUGUUAACUGAAAAUGCCUGGGCGAAUGUGGAGCUCUUGGACGCCAUGGAACUUGUGACUUACGAUAGAGUGUUGAACUUUGCUAAGGAGUUUUUCCAACGCCUGCACACAGAGUGCUUUAUUUUUGGCAAUGUGACCAAGCAACAGGCUACGGACAUCGCGGGACGCGUAAACAACCGACUGGAGGCUACCAAUGCUUCAAAACUUCCCAUUCUGGCACGUCAAAUGCUGAAGAAACGGGAGUACAAGCUGCUUGCUGGCGACAGCUACUUAUUCGAGAAGGAGAACGAGUUCCACAAAAGCUCAUGCACACAGCUCUACCUGCAGUGCGGCGCACAAACGGAUCACACAAAUAUAAUGGUGAACCUGGUUUCCCAGGUGCUCUCCGAACCGUGCUACGAUUGUCUUCGCACAAAGGAACAGCUGGGCUAUAUCGUAUUUAGUGGAGUGCGUAAGGUGAAUGGAGCUAAUGGCAUUCGCAUCAUUGUGCAGUCAGCAAAGCAUCCGUCCUUUGUUGAGGAUCGUAUCGAGAACUUUCUGCAAACUUACCUGCAAGUCAUUGAGGAUAUGCCCUUGGAUGAGUUCGAGCGACACAAGGAGGCUUUGGCGGUGAAGAAGUUGGAAAAGCCGAAAACUAUAUUCCAGCAAUUCAGUCAGUUCUAUGGCGAAAUAGCCAUGCAGACGUAUCACUUCGAAAGGGAAGAGGCUGAGGUGGCCAUACUGCGUAAAAUUAGCAAGGCCGAUUUUGUGGAAUACUUCAAGAAAUUUAUCGCAAAGGAUGGCGAUGAGCGACGCGUUCUGUCCGUGCACAUUGUGUCCCAGCAAACCGACGAGAAUGCCACGACCGAGGCGGAACCAGUGGAGAUCACGAACAUGGAGCGACACAAACCUAUUAGCGAUAUUGUGUCCUUCAAGUCGUGCAAGGAGCUAUACCCAAUCGCCCUGCCAUUCCUCGAUAUCAAGGCCAAGGGAGCACGCAGCAAGCUUUAAGGUGGAAUAGGAAUUUGAAGGUCUUCUUAAAUAGCACAUGGUUUUGGUCUCUCUUUGUUUUAAUUGCCCAACCGGAUACAAACGUUGUUCUGUCAUUCACAAAUAUAAAAGAAUCUGUAUCAA